AUGCCCGGUUCUCUCGACAGCGACCUCUACGACGACCUCUACGGGGACAACGAAGAGACCCGUGACGAGCCUCCCACCGACGCGGUUGACACUGCCGCACCAACGAAGACCCAGGACCCAAAGCGCGAGGAAAAACCAUCGACAAUCCCCAAGGACAGCUCACUACCGCCCAAACCCUCAGCUGAGCUCUCGUAUUCCGCCCAAAUCGCCAAACAGUUCUCCGCAUACAAGCAGACCCCCGCCCAGGAACGACAACCAUACCAGGUCUCCCCCGCCACCAAGACCAACGGUGUCGACGGCGAUCUCGACGACGCCGGUCGCCGAGCCGUGCGUCCCUCAGAGAUGAAGGAUGAAGGCAAGAUGUUUGUGGGCGGGCUCAGCUGGGACACAACAGAUGAGGGCCUCCGGAAAUACUUCUCUGAGUUCGGCGAGGUCGAGGACUGCACCAUCCUCCGCGACCAAGAAAACCGGUCGCGCGGGUUCGCGUUCCUCACCUUCAAGGAGCCCUCGUCCGUGAACGCGGUCAUGUGUCGCGAACACGUCCUCGACGGCAAAACGAUCGACCCCAAGCGCGCGAUCCCGCGCGAGGAGCACCUCCGGAACACGCGCUACUUCGUCGGCGGGCUCUCCCACGCGACGACGUCGGACUCGAUGCGCGCCUUCUUCGCGCAGUACGGCAAGGUCGUCGACUGCACGGUCAUGGUCGACCGCGAGUCCGGCCGCUCCAAGGGCUUCGGCUUCCUCGUCGGCCAGGCGAACCUCGUGCUCGACGACAAGCAGAUCGAGGUGAAGGUCGCGCAGCCACGCAGCCAGCGGGACUCCGCGCGCCCGAGCGGACGCACGAACACGCGCGAGAACGGCAGCACGUACAUCAGCCCCGACGUCCCCAGCGCGAGCAGCCCGCCCGCGAUGGGUUUCGGUGCGAACCAAGGUGCCGUCGGGCCCCAGCAGAUGUCGAUGCUCUACCAGCGCAUGAUGGGCCAGGGCAUGGGCGGGCCUAUGUCCAUGGGCAUGGGCGGCAUGGGCAUGGGUGCGAUGGGCAUGGGCGCGAUGGCCGGCAUGGGCGGCGGCAUGGGCAUGAAUCCGUCGAUGAACACCAUGGGCACCGCGGCUACCCCCAUGGCCGGCGGCGGCGAGUUCAACGCCAUGAGCGGGAACAUGGGUGGCAACAUGGGAGGCAACAUGGGAGGUAACAUGGGCGGGAACAUGGGUGGAAAUAUGGGCAUGGGCGGGCCGAUGAACAUGGGCAACAUGGGUAUGGGCGGCGGCAUGGGAGGUGGCAUGGGCGGCAUGCAAGCCAACAUGGGCCGCGGCGGCAUGGGUGGCGGCAUGGGUGGAGGCAUGGCGGGAGGUAUGGGUGGUGGUAUGGCGGGAGGUAUGGGAGGCGGUAUGGGCCACAUGGGCGCCGGGAUGGGCAACAUGGGCGCCGGGAUGGGCGGCGCGAUGCGGAUGGGCAUGGGCCCGAUGGCGAUGGCAGGGAUGGGCAUGCAGCCGUUCAUGAACAACGCGAUGGGCAUGAUGGGUCGCAACAUGGGCAUGAUGGGCGGGGCAAUGACGGGCCCCAUGGGCGGCCGCACGCGCGGCGUGCAGAUGAACGCGGGCGUCGGCCCCGCACGAAACACGGCGCGCGGACACGGCUUCCACCCCUACGCGCGAUAG